AUACAAUUAUUUUAUCGCUAAUGCUUCGCAAAUCGCAAUUUUUUUUUUCAAAUCAAAUUUAUGUGUUACAUUCUUUUGCUGUGUACUGUCGUGCGUACGAAUUAUUCAACUCGGUAUAGUUUACGUUUCGCCUUUUGAUUCGGAUAUUGUCGUCCGGCCAUUUCGUUAGGAAUUGCAAAUGUUUAUUUUGACAUAAUAUUAGGUAUUUGUAAAUAAUAAUCGCUAUACAGUUGGGCAUUUAACCAGUUUUUUUUCUCCUGACUUUGACUUCCUCCGUUCGGUAAUUUUUAUGAAAUCGCCACACUAUGUCCAACGAAGAGGAAGACAAUGGCCCGUUGAACGACACUGAUAAUGCGGUCGCCAACAGUACGGACAACGGUAACGAUAAUGACGUAAGAAACGAUAGUUUGUUGGCCAACGGAAACGAAAACUCUCCUCCUUGUCAGUUGGACAUCGGUCUGGGCACCCACACCGACAGCAGGAGUGACGAUAACGAUUUGAACUUAGAUCCCGGUGAAGGUGCAGCUUGCAGCUCUAAGCGUGAAGACAAUCCUCUGUCUUUCAGACAUUUCUUGUGCAACAACGGCUCCAAUCAAACGUCCAAACCCAAAGUGGAAGUAGUGCCCAGUAUUUCACAACCAGUACGACCCGUGACGGAGACGUCUACUCUACCAGACUUUGUGCAAGACCAUCUAGCUACCGAUCAGCCGCCAUAUGACAAUGGAGAUCCCGAAUCACGUGCAAACAGCAUCGAUCUGACUCGUGGAACCAAUCGUCCAUCAAUGUUUGGAAAUCGCAGCAACCGCACUCCCCAGCAAUGCGUUGUCAUGCCGCUGGAUCUGCCGUUUACCAACACUACAACGCAACAGCCACGUGCCACCACACCAACAGCCACUAACAGUUUGCCAGAUUUCUUAGCUGACGGUCCUAUUGGCGUCACAGUUCAUCCCGUUGUUCAUCCUGUUGUUCAUCCAGUCACCAGAAGUGAACCCCAAACCGACCGAAAUCGCAUAAGCAUCACAAUCAACCGUCAACGUGCUGCUGCUCAACCUACAAAUCAGAAUUUUACUAGGUUUCAAAGGCACAGUCAAGUAGUAGAAGCCAGGGUGGCCAGGUUAGAAGCGACAGAACAAGACCUCAGGACGACAGUGUUAAAUUUAAAUAACAUGCUCCAACAAGCAUUAAUAAGAGCUCAAAGAGCUGAGGACGAAGUGAGGAGUCUAAGAGUUUUGCUACGGAUUAGGGAGCAAGGCUUAUCAAACCCGGCUAAUUUGCUCUCUAUUCCGACAAACGUUCCAGCAGCUGAAGCGAUACGCCAUGGUACGCAAAACGCUGAAGUGUUACUAAGCUUGUUGAGGGAUAACUAUCUGGAAUUAAACAAUAUCGCGACACGACUUGAGCAGCAAGAGAACGGUUCAGCUUCAAACAGCCAGCUAUCGGCCGACCCCAGUGAUUCGGCUGACGACAAUAUCACAUAACAUUCCCAUUAUGAGUUUUAGCCGUACAAGCAUAAUAUCGGUAGGAUAAAAUUAACAAUAUCCUAUCAUAUAUUUACACGAGUCUAAAAAACUCUGUACACAAUUUGUGCAAAGGUAUUUGCCAAGACUGGACCUCGUUUUUGUUUUCUGUAUGAUUAUGAUUAUUUUAGUUUUUAUUAAUACUAUUAUUUGUAUUGCUAUUCAAUGCUAAAAAUUUUAUUUUUUGUUGUCAAAUCCAAAUAGAUUGAUAGUUGUGUAUGUAAAUAGUAAUUUACAUAAUCAUGAAUUACAUUAUAUUAUAUUGCUGUGAGUAUUGAAAAAAAAAAUGGAGUGAUUGUUAAA